CCCGCCCUCCGAGCAGCUCCUCCCCUCCUCCCAUACACUUGGUCCUCGGUCGCAGCGGGGAAGCGGGACUCGAACCGUCAGCUGAUCACUGCCCAGCACCCUGAGCCAGGUCCGUAACGCGGUGGAGACGCACACGUGACGCACAGUGGACGAGAAGACACCCCGGGGUGCAGAGCACAAGGCGACGAGUCAUUAGGACCGAGAAGGAGCGAAGCUGCCGACGAAUCGUCUUGAAUGAGAAGACCCCGCGACAGACCGGCUGAACCGUCCCGGAACCCGCCACAUUAAGUCUAGACGCAGAAGAUGGUACCGGAAGCUCCGUAGCAGAACCGAGAACGUGGGAGCAUUCAGCCCGUCUGUCAGCGUCCGUCCGCCCGUCCAUCCCGCUCCAGAGACCUCCCCUUCCCCCCCCCUUCCAGCGGGUCCUUCCUCCCCCAGUCUAAACCCCCUCCCUCCCUCCCCCUCUCACCACCCCCCCACCCCCACCAUGUCGCCCCACGCCGCGGCCCCCACCGCGCCCCACGCCCAGGACUCCGCCCCCGCCGCCAAGGGCUCCGACUCCGGCUCCGUCUCCGGCGGCGGCGGCGGCGGCGACUCCAUGAAGCUGAAGAAGGAGAUCUCCCUGCUGAACGGCGUCUGCCUCAUCGUGGGCAACAUGAUCGGCUCGGGGAUCUUCGUGUCGCCGAAGGGCGUGCUGAUCCACAGCGCGUCCUACGGCCUGUCGCUGCUCAUCUGGACGGUGGGCGGGAUCUUCUCGGUGUUCGGCGCGCUGUGCUACGCCGAGCUGGGCACCACCAUCACCAAGUCGGGCGCGUCCUACGCCUACAUCCUGGAGGCCUUCGGCGGCUUCCUGGCCUUCAUCCGGCUGUGGACGUCGCUGCUCAUCAUCGAGCCCACCAGCCAGGCCGUCAUCGCCAUCACCUUCUCCAACUACAUGGUGCAGCCCAUCUUCCCCACCUGCAUCGCGCCCUACCUGGCCAACCGCAUGCUGGCCGCCGCCUGCAUAUGUCUGCUGACGUUCGUGAACUGUGCGUACGUCAAGUGGGGCACCAGGGUGCAGGACUUCUUCACCUACGCCAAGGUCAUCGCGCUCAUCGCCGUCAUUAUCACCGGCCUGGUGAGGAUCGGACAAGGUCACACCCAGAACUUCGAGGGCAUGUUCGAGGGCUCCUCCACGGACCCCGGGGCUCUCGCCCUGGCCCUCUACUCCGCCCUCUUCUCCUACUCCGGCUGGGACACGCUCAACUUCGUCACCGAGGAGAUCAAGGACCCAGAGAGGAACCUGCCGCUGGCCAUCGCCAUCUCCAUGCCCGUUGUCACAGUGAUCUACAUCCUGACCAACGUGGCCUACUACGCCGUCCUGCCCAUCAACGCCAUACUGGACAGUGACGCCGUGGCCGUGACGUUUGCCGACCAGGUGUUUGGCGUGAUGAACUGGACCAUCCCCCUGGCCGUGGCGCUCUCCUGCUUCGGGGGCCUCAACGCCUCCAUCCUGGCCUCGUCCCGGCUGUUCUUCGUGGGCUCCAGGGAGGGCCACCUGCCCGACUACCUGUGCAUGAUCCACGUGCACCGCUACACCCCCGUUCCCGCGCUGCUCUUCAACGGGGUGAUGGCGUUGAUCUACCUGUGCGUGGAGGACAUCUUCCGGCUCAUCAACUACUACAGCUUCAGCUACUGGUUCUUCGUGGGCCUGUCCAUCCUGGGACAGCUGUACCUGCGCUGGAAGCAACCGGACCGCCAUAGGCCCCUCAAGCUCAGCCUGUUCUUCCCAAUCGUCUUCUGCAUCCUGACGGUGUUCCUGGUGGUGGUGCCGCUCUACAGCGACACCGUCAACUCCCUGAUCGGCAUCGGCAUCGCCCUAUCAGGCAUCCCCGUUUACUUCCUGUGCAUCUACACUCCGGCCACCAAGAGGCCGCUGUGGCUGCGGCGCCUGAUCGCCCGGUCGGGCCUGCUCAUCCAGAAGGUGUGCUUCUCCGUGCUCACCGAGAUGGACACCGACCACGAGGAGUGAAGCUCCGCCCCCUCCGCCCCCCCCCCCCCCCCCCCCCCCCCCCCCCACCUGCUCCUCUCAGACUGUUAGGAAACGCACAAGGGACCCGGCUGGGACUCAGAGCCGGAUGUCCUGCCAAUCAGGACGGAACCGGCUUUCUUGUCCUCUCCGAUGGUUGAUCGUCACCAUGGUGACGACGACUAAACAACCAUCCCCUGCCACGACGAAGCUGGUAACCGUGACGAGCCGGUGGUGUUUCGGUGGUCGGACUACAGAGAACUAUUUAAGAAUCAACACCCCUUUUUUAUAUAUAUAUAUUAUAUAGUAGAAUUCUUUUUUUUUUUAAGAUGUCUGAAGAACUACAUUGAUUUUAUGUUCCCAAUCAAACAGACCUGAAUGCAAUACAUUAUUUUGAUUACGGUUGGAUGGUUGAAGUGAAAAGCCUUUGAAACCAAAAGCACUGUGGACCAAAUAAACUGCGUAGUACGAUGUAUUAUAAUAUAGAGGGAGGUGUAAAAACCGUCUUUACUCCAGGGAGCUAAAGCGAUGUUCUGAGAUGUUUCACAGCUAGAAGACAUUGUUUUAAGGGCUAUCUCUGCCAAAUUUGAACUAAAAUUGAAUUGACUAAUAUAUUAACAAUCGAAUGAACAGUUAAAGGUUUUAGAAUCAUGUUGCUCUGAUCACCAUAAACAAGUUCAACUUUAAAAGCGUUUAUUUAUAAUAAAAUUACCAGUGAACAUAA